AUGCGACCCGCCGACGUAACUCCCGCGAUCGCCCAAAGACUCUUGGACACGGUGUACAACGCGAUAAAAAUCGCGGGUCCAGCGAAAUUCAAAGUGGACGAUUCGGUACGCGUGAGCAGGUACAAGACGAUUUUUGAGAAGGAUUACACACCGAAUUGGACCACCGAGGUAUUUACGACCGUUAAAGUGCAGCGUACCAACCCCGUAACCUAUCUUCUCGAGGUCUAUCGCGAAAAAUCCGUCGCUGGAGCGUUCUACGAGCACGAGUUGCAUCGCGCUACUCAUCCGGACGUGUAUCUCGUGGAGAAAGUACUGCGCAGGAAAGGAGACAAGAUGUACGUCAAGUGGUUGGGAUUCGAUGGAUCGCACAAUUCGUGGAUACACAAAAACAAUGUCGUUUGA